AUGGACCGCAUUGUGUUUAGAUGUGUAAUGCCUUACAUAUGCGAUGGUGAGGACCGGAAGUCAUUUUCGUUAGUUUGCCGUGAAUGGUAUGAGCUUGAUUAUCAGACCCGUCAGCAACUAGCUGUCCAACUGUUUUACGCCACCACACUGUUGUCUCGUUUGUCAAAACGGUUCCCGUUUAUCAAGCACCUAAAGCUAGAGGGAUUGAAGUACUUUCGUGCUUUAGAUGAACCGCUUUUAGAUGUCACUGUUUGGAUGAAAGAACUAGUUACUUACUUUGAUUACUUGGAAAAUCUUCAUCUUCGUUAUGUACAAGUUGAGGAUGAGAAUCUGGAGCUGUUGGCCAAAACGCGUGGUAAACAACUUAGGCGAUUGUGCCUUUAUGACUGUGAUAAGCUUUCCACAGACGGAUUAAAGCAUAUAUGUCACCAUUGCAUUAAUUUGACAACUUUGAAUUUAGGAUGUGAUCAGAUCAUUAUUAAAGACGCAGAAUGGUUACACGAGCUGGCUUUGCAUAAUACCUGUCUUGAGAAGUUGAUUUUUUCUACCAGUCAAUCUUUGAAACGUGUGAACAUAACCAGCAAAUUUAGUACAGUGGAUCUUAAAGAUUUCUUUAACUCGGCUGUUUUGUUAGAAGAUUUCGAUGGUUGUCGUCACCAUAGUGCCAAGACGGAGGACUACGCUGGUUUCAAAUAUCCUCCAAAUAUGAAGUUGAUGGAGUUUGACGGCUGUGCUUUAAAAGAUGAACUUGGACUCGUCAUCCCUUUUGCGCAUCAACUAAUAGAACUAGAUCUUUUGAUAUGA